CUUCCCCAAACUACAUCCGGUCUCUCUUAGGCUAGUGCAAUGGUCUUUGACACUUGUAAACAUGUGAACAACACGUGUGAAUAUUGUUUUACUUUACUCAUUGCUCUCUAAAUGUUGUCAAAUGCUUGUCAAUCGCUGGUUUCGGAUGUGCUCUUUGUGUAGCCGUGUAGUUCACAGCAGCACAGGACGUAGAGGAGGAUGGAGGACACCGAGCUAUGCUAGCAUCUCAAAGGUGCAACGCUGGGGUGCAGCAGCACCAAAACGCCUCUGCCACAGUAAUUUGGGGAACUUGUACAAGACUGAGUCUGUUCAGAGGUAUCUUCAGCAGCUCAUGCAGGAGUACAGAGACCUCAGCAAGAAGUUACAGCAUGCAUACCUCAGCGAGUCAGACAGAAAAGUGCUUAUAAAGAAACACACAGAGCUGCUGCCUCUGGCAAAUGUGUUUGAGAGUAUUGAACAAGCCCUGAAAGACCUCGAGGAAGUCCUCUCACUUCUGCAUAGUUUAGCUGGUGCCAAAGAUGAAGAUGAACAAUUGACCCAGCUGUUGAAAGAGGAGGAAGCAUGCAUCUCUCGCAAAAUUUUGGCCUUAAGAAAAGAUUUGAUCAAAGCUCUUGUCCCCUCGGACCCCCUCGACUCCAGUAAUAUUCUGCUGGAGGUUGUAUCAGGACGAACAACAGGAGGUGACAUCUGUCAGCAGUUCACCAGAGAAAUGUUCGAUAUGUACCAGGGUUUCGCCUCCUACAAGAACUGGGACUUUGAGGUUUUGAACUACACACCUGCAGAGUAUGGUGGUUUGCACCAUGCAGCAGUGAGAAUAGCUGGGAAAAAUGUGUAUAGACAUCUGAAGCAUGAAGGAGGAACACACCGGGUGCAAAGGAUCCCUGAGGUGGGCCUCUCCUCCAGGAUGCAGCGAAUCCACACAGGAACCAUGACCGUCAUCAUCCUGCCUCAGCCAGUGGAGUUUGAUGUCCACAUUGAUCCAAAGGAUCUUCGCAUUGACACAUUCAGAUCCCGAGGUGCUGGGGGCCAAAGUGUCAACACAACCGACAGUGCAGUGCGUGUUGUUCACCUUCCCACCGGUAUAACAGCAGAGUGUCAGCAGACUCGCUCUCAGCUGCAAAACAGAGACACCGCCAUGCGUGUGCUGAGGGCCAGACUCUACCAGAGCAUGAUGGGUAAAGACACCGAGCAGAGGCACACUGCACGAAAGCAGCAGGUGGGUACACGUUCUCAGUCAGAGAGGAUUCGUACCUACAAUUUCAGCCAGGAUCGGGUCACGGACCACAGGACUGGAUAUGUUACUAGAGACAUAAAGGAGUUCAUGAGAGGAGAGGAGGCCCUCCAUGAUCUGAUCUCUGACGUACUUGAACAUGCAGAGAGGGAGGCUCUGCUGGAGGUAGCGGAGAGCAACAGUGUGAAACCACCAGAGUCUGGACAAUCUGCAGACUAACGACCACAACUCACCAACUGUACUGAACAGACAGUGUGUCAAUUGGUGGAUGCUUUUCUCCAACACAUCUUAGUGCUGUGACUGUGUACCAGGGCUGAAAUAUAUAUAAAUGUAUUAUUUCAAUAUUAAUAUUGCAAUGUAUGCUUGUGCAAUAGUCACAUUGCAAAUUAUGCAAUUUAAGACCAACUGCAGUUCACUCAGUUUUAUUUUUGUAAUAAAAUAUUUAUUAUGUAUUUUGUGGCAUGUUAACUCCCUAAAUAAUGCUAGAGCUUUAUAAAUUAGCAAUAUUUAAUUUAUUAGCAAUAUUUAAUUUAAUUUUAAAUGAUUAAUAUUUUAAACUAAAGACAUUUUGAAAUAUCCUGUAGGACUACUCUUUGAGAUGAAAAACUAAGUUCAUGUACUUCUCAGAGUUAAGCACAUGCACUGCAUAAAAGUGAGAUGAAGUUAAAAGCUGCAUAUUUACUGAAAAUAUUGUUUUCUUGACAUACAUAUAAGUGCAUUUUACUUAAGCCAAAUAAAUACUAAGUCAAUUCUU